AUGAGCUUCUGCGACAACACCACUAUAGCUCAGUUGAACCAGUCCUGCAUCGCCUCGACAGCUGCUGCUGUCGCUGCCUUGCGAGAAGCUGGAACGCAAUACAACACCGACGAAACAGCCCGAGUCAGCUACUGCGUGUACGCGGCAUUCGCGCUCGGUAACCUGCUUCUCAUCCUGGUGAUGUUUGACAAACUCGUCACCGGGCACGAUCGACGCAUUCUCACCAUACUCUACGGCGCGAUCGGGUUCUUCACGGUGUUUUGCGUGUCCAAGGCUGCCAGCUUCGCGCCGAGCCUGUAUGCAAGCCCAUACUAUGGCCUCCAGAUUCUCGGUGUCAUUCAGGCGGCUGCUUUCUCAUCUGCCAAGAUCCUGGCAACGUUCUUCAUUUAUCUUCCCCUCAAGCAGCGCACCAUCGCAAGCAAGGCAGCCGACGGCGUCUUCAAGGCGCUGAUCUUGUUGCAAGGCCUUUACUCCAUGGUUAUUGAUAUCUACUGGGUGCUGGUCGAGACUCCGGUACUUUCCUUCCUGGAUCCUACCUAUGCCUGGGCAGGCUACUUUGUUAUCCAUGCCGGGCUUGAUGUUGGCUUGCUGCUCUGGCAGACGACUCUGGUGCUGGGCCGAGAACAGCAGCGCAAUACGAUCACCCCAGCCAGGGCACUGAAAUCCAGGGCGCGACUGGCAUACUACGCCGGUGUCUUGAUGCUCUUCGGCAUCGCAGACUGCAUGGCGGCCACCUAUGCCAUGAGGCCGUCUAAAGGCAUCGGCAUCUUGCGAGACAUUCUCUACUUGGUCAAGCCCUUCCUUGCGCUGCCUGCAGUGCUUGAUUCUCACGCGGCGUCCAGAGGCGAGCAUCCAAAGUCCUUCAAGGGCUCGUCGGACCAUCAACGGUCCGUGGUUGCCACGGGACAGGCAUAG